UCAUCUUUCCGCCCCUUUGCUGGAAUUUGCUUUUGAUCGAAAAAUGUCCAGGGAGAAAAGGAGAUAUCAAAGUGAAGAUGAAGAAGGAAGAACACGGAAGCGAAGAAGAACAACAGAAGUUGUGGAUAUUGAAGACCGUCUAGAAUCUCUCAUCACACGUGUAGGAGAAAAAAGUACAUCAUCUCUUGAAAGUAAUCUGGAAGGUCUCGCCAGUGUGCUGGAAGCUGAUUUGCCUAAUUACAAAGAACGCAUCCUCAAGAUUAUUUGCACAUGUGCUGCAAAUCUACCAGAGAAAACAACUGUUUACAGCACACUUGUAGGACUUUUGAAUGCAAAGAACUAUGGAUGUGGAGAGGAGUUUUUAGACAUGAUUCUGGAAAAUCUCAAGGAAGUGCUGAUUGCUGCUCAGUUUGACAGAGCCAGAUUGAUGGUGCGGUUUCUUGCUGAUCUGGUGAACUGUCGUGUUCUCAUGCCUAUUGCACUUUUAGAGUUUUAUGACAAGCUUUUGGCUGCUACCUUGGAGGAAAACACAACACAGGUUCGAUCUGACUGGUUUGUAUACAUGGUACUAUCCUCAUUGCCCUGGGCUGGCAAGGAACUUUCAGAGAAGAAGGGACAGGAAUUUGAACAGCUGUUAACAACUAUUGAGCAAUACAUAAGUUAUAGACACAAGACUCACAUUCCUUCGCUCCGAGUGUGGUCAAAAGAUGAGCCUCACCCUCAAGAGGAGUAUAUGGACUGCCUGUGGGCACAAAUCAAGAAACUGAAAUCUGACAAUUGGCAGGAAAAACAUAUCAGGAGGCCUUAUCUUGCAUUUGAUGAUGUUCUUGGAGAUGCUUUGCAGCAUACCCUUCCAUCAUUCAUGCUUCCAGUACUAAAAGAUGGCAUUGUAUACCCUCUUCCAAAAGUAGUUUAUAGAAUGUUUGAUUACACUGAUGUACCCGAGGGUCCUUCUAUGCCAGGAGCCCAUGCAAUUGAAAGGUACCUAGUAGAGGAGGGUAUCGAGAGAACAAUACGUGCACAUUUUAAGGAUAGAAAAGAAUGUGCAAACCAGCUAUUAAACUUACCUGGAAAGUCUAAAGUGCCAAUGCAUUACUGCAUUAUUGAGGUGAUCUUUUCAGAGAUGUUCAAACUUCCAAACUCACAUCAUCCCCAAAUAUUCUAUGGUGCUUUAAUUAUUGAACUAUGCAAACUACAACCAAAUUCAAUCCCUGGCAUUGUUGCCCAAGCCACUGAACUAUUGUAUGAGAGCUUAAACUCAAUGAACACAACUUGCACUGAAAGGUUUGUCAACUGGUUGUCAUAUCACCUCAGCAACUUUCAGUUUAAAUGGGGCUGGGAUGAAUGGGUUUCUGCCACUGAUGAUGGAUUGGAUUCAGCUAAAUGUGUUUUCUUGAGUGAGCUGUUUGAAAGGAUAAAAAGAUUAUCGUACCAUCAGUUUCUGAUUGAGAACAUUCCUGAAGGAUUGCAUACCCUCCUUCCUGUUGCCCCUGCACCAAACUACAGAUUCACAGAGGAACAAGGAGAGUUACCAGGAGCAGAUGUGGCCAAAAACCUACUAGAAGCCAUCAGAGCUAAGAAAGAUGUAGAUCAACUUCAGACCAUUUUAAACAACAUACCAGCAAAUGCAACUGGUCACGAGGACUUUAAUACCGAUGUGCCAGUGAUCGACCACACUUUCCCGCAAUUAAGAUUGGAGGUCUUGCUUCAUGUUGUGCUCAAACUUGGUUCCAAAUCGUUCAGUCAUACUUUCAGUGCUCUGACAAGGUUCCACAAACUUCUUAAAAAUGUCGUUGUGAAUGAAGAAAGUCAGAUACAUUGUCUGAAGAUUGUGAAUGAGUUUUGGUCCACAAAUCCUCAGAUGAUGGUGGUGUUGGUAGAUAAACUGGUACGCAUGCAACUCACUGAUUGCUCAGCAGUAAUCAACUGGCUUUUUUCCAAGGACAUGAAGGAUAACUUCACAAAGUUAUAUGCGUGGGAAAUAAUGACAGGCACUUUAAAGAAAAUGAGUAAACAUACCAAUAAGGUGCUGGGUGAAGUACAAGAAGCCAAAGAAAAGCUGACAAAAUUGGAGGAAAAAGCUAAAAAACAGCCUGGAGAAGCAAAUGGUGAAUCAAAACCAGACCCAUGUCCAGAGGAAGAAUUGGAUAAAAAGCAGCAACAACUAGAAGAACUUACAGAAAAAUUAGAAAAUGCUCAGAGAACUCAAAAACAACUAUUCCUUAUUGUUUUCCAGCGUUUCAUCAUGAUCCUGACAGAACACAUUGUGCGUUCAGAACAACAUCAGCUGGAUGUCGAAACUCAGUGGUUCAAGUAUACAACUGAGAGACUUCGAGAAGUUUUUAUCAUGAAUCACAACCAAGUUUUUCAGUACUUGAGCUCUCUUGAAACUCUUUUGUUCACAUCUGAUUUGGAUCCACGCAUUUUGAACCUUUUCGAUCAUUUUAAAGCUUUAAGAUCAUAGGAUUGAAUUAUCGCAUUCGAAGUUUUGAGGUUCCAAGGUCAGGGAUGUUUGCGCUUUGAACAGAUUAGGGUAUAAAAAAUAUGUUGUUAAAGUCAUUUUAAGAUUAUUUAAGAAACCAAGUUUCUCUUAUUCUGAGACUAUUGUCUCUCCAAUCUUCUAUUUCAUUACAAACAGUCGUGUUGUUGACGCAUGCUCUGUUCCUAAUAGUUAGUCUUUCUCCAGAUCCAAUUAUGUAGUAUAUUAUGCCAACGUUAAUUUUUUUCAAGUGUAGUUAUACAACUUAGCCAGACGAGUAUCAUUUUUUGUGCUGUUCAAGGCCAUUUCUGGUGUUGUGUGAUUUUUGUAGUUGGGUGUUUAAUUUGAGCUGUAUAUUUCACUUACAAUGCUUGUCCAGUUUCGUGCGUGUGCUUAGUAUCAAAUAAAUGAUUUUCUUAACUAACCUAUUUUACCCCGGAAAAUGAAAGUUUCCCUUUUAUCGUGAUGAUCGCAAAUGAAAGCCAGAUAACUUUUAAGAGAAGUUAGUUUUGUGGAAUCUCGAAUUUUGCAUUGUUUUUCCUUGUAAUCUUACUUCUAAACCCAUGAAUAGAUCUCACUUGUAAUAGCAAUUAGUUACAACAACCUUAUUGACAAGUAUCGCUUUAUGCGUAAUCAGGAAUGUGACGCAAGAGAAUAUGGUGUCUCACUUUUUAACAUGCGUCGUUGACGUGUUCUAGCAUGUUAUCAACUUAUGUUUAUAUUCCACGAUCACAUUCAAUAGUAACAUUUAACUAAUUGCAAUUAGAAAUCUUUAUAUCCAA